AAGGUUCACCGGCGCGUGUUGUGAUUGGUCGAGAGGCAGGCGUCAAGCGUCUACGCAGAGUGGGCGGGGCGUACAGGAGUUUUGAACAUGGCGGAUAAAGAGAAGAAAAAGAAGGAGAGUAUUUUUGAUUUGUCGAAAUACAUCGACAAACAUAUAAGAGUAAAGUUCCAAGGAGGUCGUGAAGCAAGUGGGGUCUUAAAAGGCUUCGACCCGCUGUUGAAUCUUGUGUUGGAUGGCACCACUGAAUACAUGCGAGAUCCUGAUGAUCAGUAUAAACUGACUGAAGACACCAGGCAGCUCGGUCUGGUUGUAUGUCGAGGGACGUCCGUCGUGCUGAUCUGUCCACAGGACGGGAUGGAGGCCAUUCCGAACCCUUUCAUUCAACAGCAAGAUGGAUAACAUUAUGCCUUUUUUUCUUGCAUUGUAUAGAUGUCUGGUGAAGAAAAUAGAUGGUUUUUGUUAGGUCUGAAAUCAUGAAAAAUACAUUUUGUAUUUAGACUCAGGAUAAGUGUUUUUGGUUGGUUUUGUUUCUGUGGUUUAUGAAACUCUUUUUUUGUGUGUGUUGAUUAUGGUUUGAAUUAUAAGGCUUGCUUUCUGUUCAUGAAAAUGGGUGCGUGAUGUUGCCCUAGUUCUUUCAGUGUUGUUUUAUUAAUUUAGACAUUAAUAAACAUCUAGGAUGUAACCAUUUCUAAAUUAAGCAAAAACAAAGAUGAUGCCUGUACCUCAAGGGUGGAUCCCACAGGAUUACCUUCUCAGAAGGCUUUUGUACACACACAAACAGUUGAACAUUCAGCAAGCUUUCAGUGAACAUCUUUGUAUAAUCUAAAUGGAAACUGUAUUUUGAAGGUCUUCGGUUCUGAGACACCUUGAGAAAACAUUUGUGUUUACCUUUGUGGUGUCGUCUCCUCUGUUUUACACUCGCAAAACUAAUUCCUAAGAUUAAAGACUCAGUUAUGGACCCUUCCCUAUUUGGGAGAAUGUUUUUCUUAAGAACAUGCAUACACUUUAUUACACUUGCUUACUAGUGGAUCCUCUGCAGUGAAUGGGUGCCGUCAGAAAGACAGUCCAAACAGCUGAUAAAAACAUCACAAUAAUCCGCAAGACUCCAGUCUUAUAAAGUGAAAAAACAAAUCCAUCAUUAAGGUGUUUUAACGUUACCUCUGGCAAAAACAUGAGUCUAAUCCAUAAUGACUCUUCCUCCAGUGAAAAAGUCUAUCU